AUGAAGUUUGCAGCCCCUCAGCCAAUAAAACAACCUUUGGAGCAGAGAGACAAGAACAAGCACUGUGCAUACCAUAGAGAUUACGGGUAUACAACUAAUGAUUGCAGAUCCCUUAGGCGGCAGGUGGAAAACAUGAUAAUGAGAGGUGAAUUGGCGGACUACCUCACAACAAAGGAGUACAUGAAGCCCCGGGAGGUCAAUCAUCGGAAAGUCGAAGGUAAUCAAGUGAAGGUCAUCCAUGCAAUACAUGGAGAUCGGAGGAUGAUCAAGAGUCAGAGGAGGAAGAGUCAAUAUUGGGUUCGGCAAUGGAGAUCUAUCCUCAGUUCAACUUCCCAUGAGGAUCCGUUGGUCAUCAGUCUCUUGGUGGCAAAUUGCAUGAUUAAGAGGGUUUUGAUAUAUCUAGGUAGUAGUGCCAAUAUCAUCACAAAGGCGGUCUUUGAGCAGCUAAAGAUUCUGUCAUCAUCAAUUCAGCCCACAUCCAGCCCCUUGAUGGGGUUUGAUAGCACAAAGGUGGACCCUCUUCAGGUAAUUAACCUGUUCGUGACUGCGGCAAAGAGGACACUGAGGGAGAACUUUAUUCUAAUAGAGAUCCAUCCUUCUUAUAAUCUUAUUAUGGGAAGAGGCUGGAUCCACCGAAUGAACGGGGUUCCAUCUACCCUUCAUCAAGUGAUGAGAUGCUUGUCGCUGGACGGAAAAGAGGUUAUUGAUCUUAGGGGAGAUCAAUUUGCUGCCAAAGAAUACUAUAUGUUGGCACAGAAUGAAGCAAAGAAGAACCUUCUGCCUAGGUAUUUGAAAGCAGAGGAUGAAACCGAAGUUACAAAGCCUACUGAGGAGUCUUUGGAGGCUGUUGAAGUAAUCCUCGGCUUUCCUUAG